GUGUGCUCACAGAAUGUGCACUGCCAGUGCCAGAGGCUUAUACUUCCCUGUUCAUGGUGUAAAGUGACAGGAUAAAACACAGUGGCUUAGAGAACUGUGGAUCAUGAUUUACUGUUUCUUAACAGAAAAGACACAAACAUGGAGUAUCUGGGAGCUCACCUUGCCUUUAAGUCACGCUGGGUCAAGACAGAUGAAGAACUUUGCAGGCACAGCAUGUCAUUUGUUCUUCACAAAGCCAUAAGGAAUGAUUUCUUUGAGAGCUAUCUCUAUUUGUUAGAGAGAUAUCCUCUAGUGAAACUCUUUGCGAUGACGAGUGAAGUGAUUGAUGGUGAGAUGCAGUUUUAUGCCAGAGCAAGGAACUUUUACAAGGAAGUCCCGGCAACAGAUGAAGGGAUGAUGGGUGAUUUUUCCGAUCUCUCUUACAUAGACAUAGAAUCAUCUAGAGAAUUUCUAAUGAAAUUUGUUGGGGGUCCAGGAAAAGCUGGUACAGAAUUUGCACUUGAUUGUGGUUCAGGGAUCGGAAGAGUAAGUAAACAUGUCCUCUUGCCAGUUUUUAAUAACAUUGAACUGGUGGAUAUGACAGAGUCUUUUCUAGAAGAAGCCCAAAACUACCUGGAAGAGGAAGCGGACAGGGUGGAGACUCUUUACUGCUACUGUCUGCAAGACUUCACUCCCGCCACUAGAAAGUAUGAUGUCAUCUGGAUGCAGUGGGUUUCAGGUCAUCUGACUGACAAAGAUCUCCUGGUAUUUCUACUUCGCUGUAAAAACAGUGUGAAAGACAAUGGAGUAAUUAUAAUAAAAGAUAAUGUAGCCAGGCAAGGCUGUGUACUAGACCCCAUUGACAGCAGUGUGAUUCGGGAAAUUCACGUAUUAAGAAACAUCAUUGAGAAGACUGGGAUGUCAAUUCUUGCAGAAGAAAGACAACAAGGUUUUCCUGAUCUCUGUGUUCCAAUAUGGAUGAUUGCAGUACAGUAAUGAUUUCACAUGCAUGUGGUUUCUCUAACAGCCAGUCAUUUCAUGCCUUGGAGGCAGGUGCACUAUACAUUUUCAAUGUUGACAUCUAACAAUAGCAAAACUAUGGUUUAUCAUUUUUAUGGAACAGCAUAAGCAAAUGUUGGAAAUGUGCAAGUCUUUCAUUGCUGUGUGAUCCAAAAGGAAAGUAAGGAAAUAAUAUCAGUGAGGCACUAAAAAAACAAAUGAACAAUUAUAUGUAUUCAAGCUUUAGAAAUAGUACACUUUACACUAUGGGAGGAAUCCAAUUAAACCCUGUGGCUAAUUACCCAAACCAAUUAAAUUAGCGUGGUUUAUCCCGUGCAUUAAGCCACAGAGGUGGACGUUUCCUCUCCUCGCAGUUUUAGGAGCUGCGAGGAAUAGUCUGCAAUAAAAUGUACUCUCAGCAGCUUAACGAUUGAACCUAUUGAUUCAUUCAAUGAGUUAUAAAAUUUUAAACCAGCGUUUACUGUAUGGGGAAAAAGCAGUUUUAUUGAAUAGCACCGGGCAUAAAGCGCUGAGCUUUUCCACACUCGCCAAACCAUGCUCCAAAUUUGAUUCCCCUAUAUGUUUAUUUACACCUUCAAUUUAGAAAUACCAAUGAAACAAACUUGAAAUGAACUAUUUGAAUCAAACUAAAAUCUUGCAGUAACCCCAUUAUGCUCUUUUUUCUGCAUGGUGAAUGAACCACAUAAUAAGACUGAAGUAGGGCUCAUUGGCCAUAUGGAUAAUGGUGUGUACCUGAGUAUUGCUGUAGUUAGAACGGAUGAUGUAAAUAAAAAGAAUAGUGCCCACACACACGGUGUGAUUCUCGCAUUCUAUUUGAUCUUUUUAGUUCAAAUAGCAUUGUGUCUAGUUCAAAUCGAACCAUGUGUAUUGCCCCUUGCGAUGCGUGCUCCUGUCUAGUCCAUAUCUCAAGGCAAAAUAGUAAGUGCAGGCAGGUAUUUCUGAACUACAUCGCAUACAUUACAUAUUGUACUGUAGUCAAAUUCGGGUGUAGUUCAAAUCUCAUGUAGUUCAAAUAGCAUACCAGCAGGGCCGAUGCUAGGGUAUUCGGCGCCCCCCUGCAAAUUAUAAAUUUGCGCCCUCACCUUCACAAAGGGACAGUGCAUGCCGAAGAGACAGUGCAUGCCAGGCAUUGCUUCUGCACGGUGCCUGUAAGGCAGGUUGACACGUGCAGCGUGGAGUGGAAGGGGUGAGAGGCACCUGUACCCGCACUAAUCAGUGACCAGCAGGAAACUGGAAUCUAGGGGAGGACGGCACAGUGGCUGGUUUACACAGUAACUGGGACAGAACACAGAGGGGUUGGGGGGGGGGGGUGACGCAGUGACAGAUCACAGGAGGGCGGUGACACUGUGACUGGGACAGAACACAGGGGGGGUAACACACUUGACAGAACACUAGGGGGUGUUUGACUCUGCAACAUCACAAGAUCCCGAAGUCUCAGCACCAUUUGCAGACCCGUACCCUCCCCCUGCUCUGUUACCUUAACUGCUGCGCAGCGCUCAGAGCCGCGACCGUCGGAUAGGGAUGCCGGAUUUCUGGCUGAGUGCUACCUGCCUCUGCCCACGGGGUGGUGUAUUCACUGGGGGGCCAGGAGCACCGAUGACCGCAGCUGUCAGGACUCCAGGGCCUUCAUGGUGGCCGCAGAAGAGCACUGCGUGGGUAGCCGCAGCAGCAACAAUAUUAUGAGGUGAUACGGGGGAUAAGGGGGUGGGGCUUGCUGCAAUCACAUUGGUGGGGACCGUGGGGUUGCUGAAGCCUAGCACACUUUUCUUUAACUUCCGUAAGACCACUGCUGCUGUACCGUAUCUUGACUGCAGUAUGAAAAGUAUACGCUGCGGCUGCACUGUGACCAUAUUCACAUAGCUGCCGGCUGCCACACCAACAAACUGCAGAGGGAUGCAAAGCAGGGAGAGCGCCUCUCUAGCCCAAUGCCUACCUGUUUUGCAUCCCUUUGCUGAUCAGGUAGCGCCGGCUCUGCAUAGCACUAAAGUACAAAUCUUAUUGCACACAUCGUAUAGCUCAAAUCGCACCUAGCACAGAAAGCACCAUGUGUGGGCACCAUAACUUCUUUAUAUAGUUUGUGUACCAAAAAUGUCUUCAUUUUAACAAUCAUUUUAGCAAUAUAAAAUGUAAAAUUUUUCAAAAUACUCCCAUUGAAGAUAUAUUAACUUCAACAUAUGUAUAAUAUUUGUUUUAUUCAACUUAAAGCAAAAUAUUACUUUGUGUAUUAUUUUGCUGUAUAGACUGUAUUCAAUAGAUAUUGAAUCAGGAUGAUGGGCCAUACAAAUGAAGGGUACAUCUCUAAUUAUGUUCUAUUAAUUCUUCCAUUGCUCAUUUACAUAAUAGACAUCAAAAGUGUGUUGCCUACUGGGUUUCUUCUACUGCACGACCUCCCCUUAUCCAUUAAUUCACUAAACUAAAAUUGUGUGAAUCCAAAAAGUCAACGUCAUACUGUAGGUGUAACACUCUCUUUUUGCUGGUAGUAAAUUAUCCUCUUGUGAUAUAUAGAUUAUAGUAUAGACUGAUAAUUCAAUCACAAAUCACCUUUGCCUGAUAGUUGCUUCAACAUCUUUCCUACCUCCUAGUCCACCAUGAUGAAGAAUGUUGGCAGUAAAUUAAAUUGUCCUGUGGAUAUUUUCCAGAUCAAACGUUUCAUAAAAGGAGAGAUUCUUCAUUGCAUAAUUUCUGUGGCAUCUAUAAAAUAGAAAUCACACUCUUCCUUUUGUUAUCAGUAUAUCUGGUUAUUUUUCAUCAUGCACCUGUAACUGUGUGGCGCCAAUACACUGUAUAUUGAAAAUGUAUAAAUACUCAACUAAACUUUGCACUACUGUUAAGUCAAUGUUACAGUGGACACAUUGAUGUUAAUCAUUAAUGCUAAAAUAUUGAGAAAAUAUUUGUAGUAAGCCUUAUGGGUAAUACUAUUACACAUUUUCUACUAAUCUAAAAUGGAAUUUAGAAAAAAGAAGUAGUUCACGUGAAUCAUUUGUUUUACCAAGUUUUUCUGUAAGUGUAAAUGUUUAAGAAUAGAAUUUAAAAAACAUGCCAUAAAAGGUAUCCAAAGGAAAAUUAUGUAAUUAUGUUUCUUCUGAUGAGAUUAAAAAAUGAACAUCCUGUACUGUAUGUUUAGGCAUAGUGUACAAAUAAAUAUCAGACUUGUAGCAAGGAGUAUUCCAGUUAAUGGGUAAUAAACUUCAGGCUAUAGGGGAAAUGUAUCAAACCUUCUAAUGAGUGGACAAGUAGAGAAGUUGCCCAUAGCAACCGAUCAUCUUGAUGCAGCCACGUGACUGUGAUUAUUCGCACCCGCGACUAGUUUGUCAUGGGCGUGGGCAUUUAUGCGCACUUGGUGUAUAGUUGCACCCGCGGCCAUAGAUUUAGGGAGACAUGUACUAAGCAGUGAUAAAAGUGGAGAAGUGAGCAAGUGGAGAAGUUGCCCAUGGCAACCAAUCAGCAUUGACAUAACAUUUAUAAUUUGCAUACUAUAACCGUAUACAGAGCAGCUGAUUGGUUGCCAUGGGCAACUUCUCCACUGUCUCCCUUCUCCACUUUUAUCACUGCUUAGUACAUGUCCCCCUUAAUGUGUUAUUGCGAUUGUGAAUAGUCGCAGCCAGGUGCAGAAAGUUGCUGAUGCAAUGCAUGUGCUCCUGCGUAUACAUCGCGGCAACAACCAUCCUGGCUAAAUCUGUAGCUAGCAUUUGACAUACACACUCUAUAAAAUGAUAGGUAUAAGCUCACUGGCGUAUUUAUAAUGGGUGCAUAUACAAUCAAUGCC